AUGGCGACCGUUACCGCCCUCCUUGAGCUCCCCGACGCGGUGCUGGUGCAAAUCUGCUCGCAGUUCUGCCCGCACUGCGCUGGGGAGGACUGCCUCGACGGCUUCGAGCUGCCGGAGCGGUUCCGGGGCCCGGGGUACUUCGGUACCUUGGCCGCCCUGGCCCGGGUCAACGUGCGGAUGGCCCGCCUGGUGCAGCAGGUGCGCCUCCACGUCGUGUGCGGCCGCCGCUCCGGCUGGACCUACUGCCUCUCCCGCCUCGUCCGCAUCUUGCUGGAGAAACCCGAGCUCGCGGAGCACAUCCGCGUCAUCCGGCUUGGUCACCGUGACGGUGACCAGCAGUUCGUGGGGUGCUUCUCCCCGCGCCAGGUCCAGACGAUGGCGGCGCUUGGGGUGGCCUCGGCCGUCUACGGCCAGGGCUACGCUGCGCUGGCAAAGUUCGAGGGCCUCGAGGGCACGGAGGACACCUUGUUCUUCCGUCACGCCCAGGGCCUCCUACACGCCUAUGGCGGGGAUGACCGCUGUCCCGGGAGCGCCCCCUUCGCCAAAGAGAUGUUCCCUGUCGCCCGCUUCAACGCCUUCGUGCUGUUGAAGCUGGCGAGGAAGGCGACGGCCGUCGCCAUGCUGAGCGAGUGGCCGUUCGUUCUGUUUCCCGCGACCAAGCCGACCCCGCGGAUCCAGGUCAAGGGCGCCACCCCCCAACCGCCCACCAACACCGUCGACCUCGGCCGCCUCCCCCAAAUCGUCGAGAUGCGCCUGGACACCGACAGCCCGUACUUGGGCACGCUCGGAGCUCAGUCCGGUCAUGGCUAUGUGGAGACCGGCCCCCGUGCUCGGCCAGCGUGGUACAAAGUCGACCUCGCCAAGGUCGUCGGCUUGCUCGUCCGGGUGCCGAACCUCCGCAUCCUCCGACUCCGCGGAGUCGAUGCCGGCCCUAGCGCCAGCGCCAUCUUUGCUUGGGGUCGCCUUGCCGUGACCGGAUCGACGCUCGCCAACCUCACCACGCUCGAUCUCGUCUCCAUCAACCGCGACGCCCUGUGCGACAUCAUCCGGUGCUGCUCGCCCCGCAGCCUUCGCCACGUAUCCUUCCAAAUCGCCCACGGCGCAGAGGGCGACGCCCGGCCGGGGGACGAGGUCAAAGGGACCACAGUCCUCGCGCUGCUCGACGAAUUCGACCUCGCCGAGAACCUGCGCACGUUGCGCAUUGACACGGCCCACAACUACCUGUUCAAGGAUGGCAUCCGCGCGCAGAGCCACGACGACAUCCGGGACGACGGAUUCCGGACUGUCGAGUCCCUGCGAGACCUGGCCUCGCUCCGCCACCUGUCCCUCUCGGCCGACAAUAUCUACUUCCCUUCCCUGUACCCGCGCGUGCUGCUGCGAGACAAGCACACGGAUGGCAAGAGCCACAGGGAUGGCGAGCGCCUGCUCACCCUGCUGCCUUCGAACAUUGAGACCCUGGAAAUCACGGGGAUUUAUGCCAUGCAUGUGAAGGACAUGCGCAUGUUGGCCCGCGCGUGCGGCGAUGACGACCAUUACAAUGAUGAGGAUAACUGGUCGGACGAUGAGGGAGAUGAUAUCAGCGACGAACCAUACUCCCCCAUGUCCGUGGACUCGGCCAUCAUCACUGGUACCGCAUCAUCAUCACCCGCGAAUGCUCGUUCUUCAACCGAUGCAGUCGAGUACCACGACAAUAACAACAGCGACUCCGACAUGGACAUAGAAUCACCCUCGUCCUCCUCUUUCGACCAGCGGCCUCACAUCAGAUUCCCCAACCUCAAGCGCGUCAUCCUCCGCGCAGGCGGUAUCACCGACUCACUGCAUCGUACCCCCUGGCCGUUCCCGGGCGAGGAUCCCGACAACGACACCCUCAGCGAGGUGACACGUGCGCAGUGGGAGAAUCUGGCAGACAAUGCCAAGGCGCAGGGCGCCGAGUACGACAGCGCGAUUAAGAAGCUGUUCGCGGCGCGCGGGGUCGAGUACGAGUUUGACGAGCCGGAGUUUUAUUUCGCGGAGUACACCGCCGAUUACACGGAGUCUCCAUGGGACUAUCAUUCAUGAUUGGACGGGAUGGGGGAGAUUUGAUGCUUUAGGUUGGGGUUCUGGCUGGUGGUUUGGAGACUGGUGGAUCAGGCCCUCAGGGUUCAUCACUUGAGUCUCUCGAGUUCUUCCUCUCUUGUCGGUUUGCGCGUUUCGGUUUCUUUUAUUUCGUUUCUUCCUCUGCCUCGUGGUCAUGGGAUGGUUAUUGGCCAGGUUUUAUCGGCGGCGUUGGGGACGGGUUUCGCGGUCUCGAGUCCACUGCAUUUUCCUUAUUUUCAUUUCUGACGGUACGGGACCGAGGAUGAGAGCCUGAUCUCCUUUUCAGGCGGCAAUGGCUCAACGGUCUUCGUUUUGGUGUGGUAACCUUUCACUUUGAGGGGAUUGCACCGUGGUGACGACGCUGCCUUUUUGCGAUUUCAGUUCGACGAGUGACAAAGUCCUGGUCUAGCAGCUUAGGAUUCAUUUGGCUCGACCAUCUGAUUCAUUGCUUAAGGACAGUGGCAAUCAAC